GGGGGUGGGGUGGUAGGGGGGGCGGUGCUGCGGCUCGGCCGGCCGGGAUCACCUUGGCGGGGCGGCGGGGCGGCGCGCAGAGGAGCGGCGGCUCUCGGAGAGGACGGGCGAGGGGCGAGGCCGGGCGGCGGCAGACACAGGAUUCCAGCAACGAUGUCGAAGCACCAUGAUGCAGGGACUGCUUUCAUCCAGACCCAGCAGCUGCACGCUGCCAUGGCGGACACCUUCCUGGAGCACAUGUGCCGCUUGGACAUCGACUCGGAGCCAACCAUUGCGAGAAACACCGGCAUCAUCUGCACCAUCGGCCCAGCCUCCCGCUCGGUGGAGAAGCUGAAGGAAAUGAUUAAAUCUGGAAUGAAUGUUGCCCGCCUCAACUUCUCUCACGGCACCCACGAGUAUCAUGAGGGCACAAUCAAGAACGUGCGAGAAGCCACAGAGAGCUUUGCCUCUGAUCCUAUCACCUACAGACCUGUGGCUAUUGCACUGGAUACCAAGGGACCUGAAAUCAGAACUGGACUCAUUAAGGGAAGUGGCACAGCAGAAGUGGAGCUCAAGAAAGGUGCACCGCUCAAAGUGACCCUGGAUGAUGCCUUCAUGGAGAACUGCGAUGAGAACGUGCUGUGGGUGGACUACAAGAAUCUCACCAAGGUUGUAGAAAUUGGCAGCAAGAUCUAUGUGGAUGAUGGUCUGAUUUCCUUGCUGGUAAAGGAGAAAGGCAAGGACUAUGUCAUGACGGAGGUUGAGAACGGCGGCAUGCUCGGCAGCAAGAAGGGAGUGAACUUGCCUGGCGCUGCAGUCGACCUGCCUGCGGUCUCUGAAAAGGACAUUCAGGACCUAAAAUUCGGUGUGGAGCAGAACGUGGAUAUGGUGUUUGCUUCCUUCAUCCGCAAAGCUGCCGAUGUCCAUGCUGUCAGGAAGGUGCUAGGGGAAAAGGGAAAGAACAUCAAGAUCAUCAGCAAGAUCGAGAACCAUGAGGGUGUGCGCAGGUUUGAUGAGAUCAUGGAGGCCAGCGAUGGCAUUAUGGUGGCCCGUGGUGACCUGGGAAUUGAGAUCCCUGCUGAAAAAGUCUUCCUCGCCCAGAAGAUGAUGAUUGGGCGCUGCAACAGGGCUGGCAAACCCAUCAUCUGUGCCACUCAGAUGCUGGAAAGCAUGAUCAAGAAACCUCGCCCAACCCGCGCCGAGGGCAGUGAUGUUGCUAACGCUGUCCUGGAUGGAGCAGACUGCAUUAUGCUCUCCGGAGAGACUGCCAAGGGAGACUACCCGCUUGAGGCUGUGCGCAUGCAGCAUGCUAUCGCUCGUGAGGCUGAGGCUGCAAUGUUUCAUCGUCAGCUGUUCGAAGAAAUUUUCCGCCUCAAUGUUAACAACAGGGACCCUGCCGAUGCCAUGGCAGUAGGAGCAGUGGAGGCCUCUUUUAAGUGCUUAGCUCCAGCCCUGAUAGUUCUGACCGAGUCUGGCAGGUCAGCACACCUGGUGUCCCGGUACCGCCCGCGGGCUCCCAUCAUUGCUGUGACCCGUAACGACCAGACGGCACGCCAGGCCCACCUCUACCGGGGCAUCUUCCCCGUCCUGUGCAAAGAACCAGCCCAUGACGCGUGGGCGGAGGAUGUGGAUCUCCGCGUGAACCUGGGCAUGAAUGUUGGCAAAGCACGUGGGUUCUUCAAGAGUGGUGACCUGGUCAUCGUACUGACGGGCUGGCGUCCCGGCUCGGGCUACACCAACACCAUGCGUGUGGUGCCGGUUCCCUGAACGACUGACUCCAACCAGCGCACACACCUUCCUUCCCCCCCACCCCGCUCCCCUCUCCCCUCGCGUUAGACCAGCCAUCGCUUGCGCUGUUCUCCUUCUCCCUAGAGUGGAUGUAGGUUGCUAAACACCACCCAGUGCAGCAGCAGCAGGGGGGAAGAGACAUUAAAUCACUAAAAAAAAAAAAAAAAAAGAUACUUGAAGUGUUUAGUUUUUUUAAAAUCUUUCCCCGUAGCGAAGUCCUGCCCCAAUGUAUGGUGGGGUCGGUGUCGGAGGUUCCUGCGUGCAGCUGGGCCUCCUCCUAGUUUAGUGACUGUCCUCAGGGUGUGAAACGUCCCUUUCCCUGCCCCUGUUUCGGGGUGACGGGGAAGGGGAGAGGUGACGUGUGGUCAACGGUUCUGCUGUAACCCUCCUAACUCCAGGGAAGCUGCUACUUCCCCCCCCCCUCCUCCCGUGCAGACCAAAUCCAAGGUGAAUCCAGCCCCCUCGAAGCCAGUGGGUUUUGUUUUUUGUUCCAGGGGUUGGGGGUAGAAGAAGGGUGUUGGUUCCCGACGCCGUGCGAAGGCCUUCCCGUGCUCCCCUUGCAGCGUCGUCUGUGUGUCAGUCGUGUUUGCCCCUCGCCCACACACUCCCCCCCCCCCCCCCCCCCCAGCCCCGAGCCUCCUUCCUCCCCCUGCACUCCGACGGGCCCCUGGGCUGGUAGAGCACAACUCUCCAUCAAUAAAGAGAAGCUGAAGCACC